UGUAAAUCAGUUUUUCAUUUGCAGCAAAAUUGAUUAACAGGAUCCGCGAAUUUUUGUAAUUGUAUAAUUUAAUUAAAUCUUCUCCUUUCUGUUCCUCGUCUAUAUUGUAAUAUGAUUUAUGAUUGGCUUCUCAGUUGUCAAUCGAAAUGAUAUACCGAUAAUGCAGUAUCCUGUAACAAAAUGGUGAAAAACAAAUUCCAAUAUUAUGCUUUUUGUGUUUGUAACAUAUAUUUGAAUACAUUAUAUUUGGCUUUAAUAUAACACAACAUAAUUCUUUUGAAUACAAUUUUGUUUUUAUAUAUUUAGUUUGAUAUGAAUACUCAGUGGUUUUAGCAAUAGUGUUUUAUAAUGUUUACAUUGCUGGGUGAAGUAAACUUAUGGACUUUUGACGAUAAUAUUAAUAUAAAGAGUACAGACUUUGGUGCAUUUCGAUAUCAUGAUAAACGUGUUGAUCAUUUACAUGAAGAAGCAAAAAGAUCUUAUUGUCAGAAACGAGGUAUGAUAUAUGUACCAACAAAUAAAAAAGGAAAUAAAUUAAAAGAUUCUAUCAAAUACUUAGAGGAACAAUUAAGAGAUAACACAAUUAUAUAUUGCCAGUGGUAUGAUGACUGUGUUUUGCAAUUGAUGUUAAGUAAUGGGUUGUUAAUACAAAUACAAGUUAAUAUUGCCACUGUGAUAAUUACUAAAAAUUAUAUUUUUUCUGCCUAUAAUGAUAACCAAGUUACUAUUGUACAUUUCACGAAAUCAAAAAGACAUAUCUUUGAUAAAAUUAAUAAACUUGAACCAAAAUUGUCUACAAUUGAUCUCUUUGGCCCUAAUGGUCGUAGAUUGGACAAAAAAAUACAAACAAAUAAAUGUGGAGAUCUGAUAUUAAUUUGGUGGAAAUCUACUAUGAAUGAAGUCUAUCCUUGGAGUCCUGCUGUAAAAGAACAUGAUCGUGCUAACAUACAUCUUUAUCGUUUAAUAGGAAUAAAAUUAGAAUUAAUUUGUUAUAUACGUAGUGAAUUUGAUCCAUUAUGUAUAAUGUUUGAUGCAUGUAAUGAUAAUAUUAUUCAUUCUGUAGAACAAAAAGUAUCAAGAAAGGGGGAAGUAACUAUAGAAUGGCGUACAUAUGAAGUUUCCCCGCAAGAUAAACUUCAAAGAAUAACAAUGGUUUCUGUAUCAUUGCCUACACAUACAAGUUGUGUAAAAUUUUCACCAUCUCAAGAAUUGUUAUUAUUAUGUUGUAUAGAUGGUUCUGUUAUAAUUUAUGACCAAACUAGAGCUACCACCACUAGUGUAAAAGCUGCUUUUAUACCUACAUUGGCAUCAUGGCAUAGUGAUGGAAUGAUAUUUGUUAUUGGAAAUGAUAAAGGUCAAUUUCAACAUUUUGAUAUUGCUUUAUCAUGUAUUAAAAGUCAAACACUAACUGAAGAAGCAGCACAAGCUAAUAUUCUUGACUUAUCUUCAUAUUUUAGAAUUCAACCAGCAUUACUUCGCAUGGAAUGGAAUAAAAGGAGUGAUUUAAAUUGUUACAUUAAUUUGCAUAAUCAUGGAAAUUCUUUAUUGUUAUUAAUUUUUCAAAGAGGACCGCUUGGUGUUAUAAAAAUGUUGGAAGGAAUUUCUUUCACUGGUGAUGUAUUAGUCAAAAGAUAUUUAUCUUUAUCACAAGUUGAACAAGCAACUUCUUUAUUAUUAGCUAUGAAUUGGGAUACUCAUUCUCGUGCAUGUAUGCAUGCAUUAAAUCAAAUUGUAAAUUAUUUGUUUAAACUACCACUGACUACAGAACGUGAAAAUCUUAUACAGAAUGCAUUGGGUAGUUUUCAUGUACCUAUUAAACCAAUAAGUCAAGCUAUUGAAGAAGAAUAUGGAGAUGAAAUAAGAGACUUAACAAGACGUUUCUUUCAUCAUUUAUUGAGGCAUCAUAUGUUUGAAAAGGCUUUUCGACUUGCUAUAGACUUAAAUGAUCACGAUCUUUUUAUGGAUAUACAUUUUUAUGCAUUACUUGUAAAUGACACAGCAAUGGCAACUGCUGCAAAAGAAAAUGCUGAACGCAUAUUAAGUAGAUCAAAUAGUUGCAAUAGUUCGCAUUCUACAUGUUCUAGAGCAUCUUGUUCAUUGUGCUCUGAUUCAAUAAGUGAUAAAGGAGAAGAAUCUUAUAGUGAUGAAAGUGAUAAUUUUUCAAAACAAAAUCAGACUGAUAUAAAACAAACAAGAAGUCACAAUUAUAAAAAGGAUACUAACAGCCAAAUUCCACCCUUACCAGUUCUCCAUCCACAUCCUGUUCAUAAAAAUCUGUUAUCUACGUCAUUUACUGAUAUGACACCUGAUGAAAAAACCGAAUGUAAUUUAGAAACAAAACCUUUCAAUGUACCUAAUAGCACUCUUACCACAACUUCCUUCCAUCAUUCAUCGCAUCUUUCACUUCCAAAUACAUUUUUUACAUCAACAUCAUUCAACAAACCAUUAUAUAAAAUUCAUACAAAUCCAACAUUAAUAUCUACAAUGACUUCUACUAAUAAUUCACAAUCUUUAAAUAAUGUUUCUGAUGAUUUAAUGACAACUUCAUUUGGAAGUCUAUCUUUAAAUGAAAGGAAAGUAGGAAUAUCUAAUAAAAUUAAUGAAAAUUCUGUAGAUACUACACUGAAAAAAGUUCUACGUGGUGAAAUGCAGUUUCCUCUUGAUAAUAUAUCUAAUGAUACAAUAACAACAAAUUUAGUACAAGAAAAUAGUUUCAUGUCAACGCCUUUUAACAAUCCAACAUAUGACUCAGUUACAUCAGACGUUUCUUCUAAUCUAUUAAAAUCUUCAUUAGAUAAUUUAGAUAAUAAUAUUAUGUCUACGUCAUUUAGUAUACAUGGUACAGAUGUUUCAAAUUCAUAUGAUAAUUUUAGUGAUUCAGUAACCACAAAAUCUAAUUCAAACACUGCUUCAUCUCCUAUAAAAAAUAUCAAAUCAUCCAUUACAAUGAAUGAUUUUGUGUCUAAAACACUUUGUGAUUCUAUUCCAACAAAUAAAUUAGCAUCUAGUUUUCAUAACAAUCAUAAUAAUCUUGCAUCUACUUCAUUUAAUUUUCUCGAAAACCAAGUACAAGAUUCCUGCAAUAGCAGUUCAAAUAAUUUUACUAAUGAAGAUAAUUCUAUUAUCGUGAAAUUACAGCAACCUUUCCUGGGAAAAAAGCAAGUAGAUUUUAAUAUUCCACCACCACCUUCUUUAACAAAUUCAUUUACGAAUUAUUUUCAAAGUCUUCCAAAAAAGAAUCUUCCUUUAUCUAGAAGUACAUCUGGAUUGGCUGAUAUCGAUGAAUCAAUUAAAAAAUUUUCUUCUAUUAGAACAAAAAAUAUGAAUUCAUAUUUGUUACAAAGACAAAAUUCUGCUUCUAAUAUUUUACAAGAUCAACAUAAAUAUAAUAAUAUUCAGUCUUCUAGAUAUAGAUUUAAUUAUGACUUUGACUGUAUUUCAUUUCAUGGAAGUUAUGAUAACAUUGAUAUGCAUUCCUCUUCUAAUAAUAUGAGACUAGGUAGUUCGCAAUUUUCUUCUACCUACGGUAUUCAAAACAGAUUUGAUAGACAUUCAAAAUUAGUAUUAACACAAAAUAGUACAAAUACUAGUAUUAAUAAAGAAUCUAAGAUAAGUUCUAACAUUCCACCUCUACCUAUCAUAUCACCAUCUACUUCUACUUCAACAUCCUGUUCUUCCUUUCCUAGCUUCGCAGAUACAAUAUUAGCAACAAAUGAAAAACCAAAGGUUAAAUUUUCAGAUACAGUCACACAUAUUUUUGUACCUGGUACAGGCCAAUCACAUAAACAAAAACGUUCUAUUACUCAAGUACAUUUAACUGAUCCUAAACGGGAAUUAGCAGAAAGUCUUCCAUUAUGUCUUGGAAAUGAAGAUUAUCUGAAAGAUUUUCAACCACUACCAAGUGAGGAAUAUAAUUCAAUAGUUUCAGUAUUGUAAAAUAAUUUUAAGCAUAUAAUAUUAUGUUUUAUAGAAGAAGAUAUUAAUGACAAAGUAAAGGAAUCUUCAAGACCAGAAGAAAGUUCAAAAAUAAAAGUUGUACAUUUUGGACUCUUAUGAGAAUAUUGAUACUAUAUAUAUCAGAGAUAUUAUUAUGAUACAAGAUUUGAAUAUAUAUAUAAGACUGUAUUUACAUAUAUUUAAAAUUUGAAUAAGGAUACAUAUAAUUAUAUAUUGUACAUAAUUUUUAUACAAUAAAAGUCGUUUUUAAAUUGUACUAUCAAAUUGUUUCUUUAUUAUUAUAUAAAUUUGCUCUUUUCUUCAAAUUAUAAUAUUAAAUAAGUCAUAAAUAAAUUCUUAUAUAAAUUAGUAAUUAUUUCUGUUUAGUUUCGAGGGAUUCUUCUAGUUCAUUUUUCACAUCAAUCAAUUCUUUGUUGGGUAUUAGACGUUUCUUUUGUAGUAUUGGAUCAUAUUUAUCAAUAACUAAUGAAACUCCUUCUGGCAAACUUGCUUCUAACACUCUAAUAAAAAUGGGACAUUUUGUAGACGAAACAUUUGAUAUUUGUAUGUCCCUCUCAUAAAUUUUUAAGUCAUAUUCAGUAUCAACUAUAGUACUUCCUUUCUUAAAUCUUUUUAUCUUAAAUUCUCUAUGUGGAAAAGCAAUGCUAUAAAAACAAAUCAAUAUAUUAUUAAAAUAUAUAAUAUCAAAUAAUUGUUUACAUUAAAACAAUAUAACUGUAAUAUUACCUGUCAUCAAUAGUAAAAUCAAAUACUUCUACUAUUUUAUGAAUGAAACUUUGAUAACUCUCUAUUACAGGAUACUUGUAUCCUCUAAGUUGUAUGUUUAAAACAGGAUAAAGUGGUAUUUCAAAUUCCUUUGCCUAUAAUAAUAAGAAUAAGUUAAAUAUCAAACAAACAUAAUACAAAUAAAAUAUAACAUAUAAUUUAUGAAAAAACCUUUAUAUAUGGCGGUUCAUAUAUACCGUAAAGUCUCACUGCUUUAUUAAAUAAUGGACAUUGACAGUAUGUUGUUAUCUAUACAUACAAUUUGAUUAAAUAAUCAUUUUAAUAAAUAUGAUAGAUUAACAUAACCUUAUCUUGAAUAAAAAGCGUACGUAUUUACCUGUUUAAGAACACUUAAUAUCAUUUUGUAGCGAAUGAAAUUAUUAUUGAAUAUUAUAGUACAAUUCUUCAAUAAGUAAUUUUAAUUGUUAUUUAUUUUAACUUAAAUAUGCUCUUUCUAAUAAAUAGAUAACAUGUAUAUACACAAUAGUGAUAUAUAUAUAAGUACUUACAUAUGCAUACAGGAUGGUGUCUACAUUCUACAAUUUAUUUAAGAAAUAUUAUUUCAUAUUAAAAUUUCAUACUAUAUUAUAUUCCUAUCUAUAUUAUUUACUGUUAAAAAGUUCAAAUUAAAUGUGGUAUUUAUAUGUAAUUAUUAAAUUUAAUUCAAACCCUUUAUAAAAUUUCUGAUUUAAAAGAUACUUCUGUUAAUGAAAAUUGGAUUUGAUAAACUAUUUUUAAAAUUUUUAUAUCUUAGAAAUAUUUAAUUUAUAAAUUCAGUAUUUAUAA